AUGGCUUCCCCACAUGCCAAGGCCGGAGCCUCGCGCUCGGUCAAAUACUCUAACCCUCCCACGCGUCGCGGCUAUACGUCACUUCAGAAUCCAACGGUCGAACACUCAACAUCAGAGAGCAGUUGGGAUAAAAAUGAUGGAUUGGACACUCCUUCGAGUGGAGAUGAAUCCUCUGAGAAGGCCGAUAUAAAACUCUUACCUUUGCAACCAAGCAGAGCUCGAGAUCCACGACCCUCAAGUUUCAAAGCAAAUGACCCGAAUUCCACUCCCAUCGAUGUCCCCAACGACGAGCGCGAUGUUUCAAAGCGCAUAAAGGAUAUUCUCGAGGCGGAUCGCACUGUGUUGUCGGAUUCAUUUGCUACAGAUCUGGAGGAAGGACACUCAGGCAGAGACUCUCUGGUUCUCAGUGAUCGAUACAGUGACGACUAUGGCAUCCCACCUGACAAGGGCUUGCUGUUGAAGAACAAAAAGAGUGAAGAUGGGAAAAAAGACUCUAACUGGAGGUCAUUGUUCCGUUUGCAUUCAUGGUGGAACGUUGCCGGCAUGUUGACAAUCGCCCUACUCGUAGUAUGGCUUUCGAUCAGGGGACUACCUUGGUCCUCUGUCGGAGCUGCCAUUGAUGAAUUUCAAGCGGUCCCCUGGUACCCUACUCCCCUUGGUGGAACGAGCGAACAAUGGAAGGAAAGCUAUGCAAAGGCGCAAGAAAUGGUCAAGGAAAUGACCCUCGCCGAAAGGGUGAAUGUCACAACUGGAACAGGCUGGCAAAUGGGACUCUGUGUUGGAAAUACCGGACCUGCCGAACUCGUCAAAUUCCCUUCCCUUUGCCUACAAGACGGCCCACUUGGACUCAGAUUCGCGCAAAACAUUACAGCCUUCCCCGCAGGGAUCACCACGGGAGCGACAUGGAACCGCGAGCUUAUGCAAAUGCGAGGCUUUGCUCUAGGAAAGGAAGCGCGGCUGAAAGGGGUGAACAUCGUACUCGGUCCAUCCAUGGGGCCGCUUGGUAUGAUGCCUGCCGGUGGCCGUAAUUGGGAGGCAUUUGGUUCAGAUCCAGUUUUGCAAGGCGUCGCCGCGGCUGAGACAAUCCGGGGUAUCCAGCGGAACGGGGUCAUGGCCACGGCGAAACAUUUCAUUGGAAAUGAACAAGAACACUUCCGUCAGUCAUUUGAAUGGGGUACUCCAACUGCGCUCUCGUCGAAUAUAGAUGAUCGCGCAUUGCACGAGGUAUUUGCCUGGCCCUUCGCUGAGAGUGUACGUGCCGACGUGGCUAGCGUUAUGUGCUCAUACCAAAUGGUCAACAACAGCUAUGCUUGCGAGAAUAGUAAACUCAUUAAUGGUAUUUUGAAAGAUGAGCUUGGCUUCCAGGGAUUCGUUCAGUCAGACUGGCUGGCUCAGCGUUCAGGCGUUCACAGCGCUAUUGGAGGCCUGGAUAUGAGCAUGCCCGGCGAUGGCCUUCAUUGGGCGGAUGGUGUUCCGCUCUGGGGAAGUGAACUGACCCGUGCAGCAUUGAACACGUCUGUUCCUAUGGAGCGCUUGAACGAUAUGGUCACUCGCAUCGUGGCCGCCUGGUACCAUUUACGACAGGACUCCUGGGAACUUCCUGCACCCGAGCGUGAAGGCGGGCCGAACUUCUCAUCCUGGACGAAAGAGCGGGUCGGACAUCUAUACGAAGGCUCACCGGAUAAGGAUGCAACGGGUGUGGUCAACAAAUUCGUCAACGCACAGGGAACAGGCGAGCAUGCUCAUUCUAUUGUUGCUCGCCACAUCGCUGCAGAAGGCACUGUGCUUCUGAAAAAUAUCAAUACUACCCUUCCGCUCUUGCGCACACAAUCCGCACCCGAUCGCAAAUACCGGGUUGGUGUAUAUGGCGAAGACGCUGGCCCCGGCCAAGGACCGAACGCUUGUGUUGAUCGAGGAUGUAAUCAAGGAACCUUGGCCUCUGGUUGGGGUAGUGGGGCUGUAGACUUCCCAUACUUGGUCAGCCCAUGGGAAUCACUGCAGCAUGCGUGGUCGAAAGACUCUGUCGAUGUUAAAGCUUACUUGACGAACAAUGUUGCAGUUCAAGACCUCGCAGAGCAGGACCUCUGUUUAGUCUUUGUCAACGCAGAUGGGGGCGAAGGAUUUAUCCGCAGUGACGGCAUUGACGCCGACCGGAAUGACCUCUUUCUACAAAAGAACGGCACUCAGUUGGUAGAGGGGGCAGCCAAGCACUGCGGCGGUGGCCAAGGUAAAACUGUCGUUGUUGUACACUCCAUCGGCCCCGUUGUGAUGGAGUCUUGGAUUGACCUUCCUGGUGUCCACGCUGUACUGUAUGCCAAUUUACCCGGGCAAGAAAGCGGGAAUGCAUUGGUGGACGUUCUAUUUGGAGAUGUCGAUGCAAGUGGACGGCUGCCAUACACCAUCGGACGAAGUCUAGAAGACUACGGCCCAGGGGCGCAAGUCCUAUACGAGCAUCCAGACCCCUCCGUUCCACAGGUAGAUCUCGACCAGGGCCUGUAUAUUGAUUACCGUUAUUUCGAUAAGUUCAACAUCACCCCCCGGUUCGAGUUCGGCUUCGGCCUAUCAUAUACAACAUGCGACUACUCCGCACUGAGCAUUGAAAAACUGCAGAAGAAGUCCCAAUGGCCAUCCAAACGGCCCAUAGACGAAGUUGAACCCCCCCGCAUACGACAACAAACAGAGCAACCCAACCAGCAGUCUAUUCCCCCCCAGGGAACCGAACCGGGCCCAUAUCCGUACCCGGAGGGAUACAACAAACGCCAGAACCCAUCUGCCGCAGGCGGCGGACCGGGCGGGAAUCCAUCUCUGUAUGAGCCCAUGCUGGAGCUCACCAUCGAAGUGACAAACACCGGUACGCGCACAGGACAAGACGUGAUCCAGGUAUACGUUUCCUUCCCAGAAGAUGUCGCCGAGCAUCGUGGAAUGGGCUGGAUCCGUGAGUCCAUUGAGUUCCCUGAACGUGUCCUGCGGAAUUUUUCAAAGGUUCUCCUGCAACCGGGUGAGACGAAAAAUGUCAAGAUGAUGUUGACUCGGAAGGAUCUCAGCUAUUGGAGUGUUCGUGCGCAGAACUGGGUGUUGCCUAUCGAAGGUAAAUUCCGUAUCUGGGCUGGACGUAGUUCUAGGGAUUUGCCGCUCGUGGUCGAAUUUUGA